AUGUCGCGCAAGGAGACUGAGGAUUAUUGCAACCAUGCUUUCCAAACGUUUAACUGGACGGGAAUAAAGGGGUCUCUCGAAAUCGCCGAAGACUCGCAAACAGCUAUCGGAGAAGAGAGCAGUGCCCGGGACCUUGUAGUCGCCCUGCUAGGGCAGACCUACAGACUCUGCCCUGAGCCUCAAAGACUCCCGCUUUUAUGGAACCUCGCCGACAUAUUCUCUCCAAUUUCUCCCGGAACAGCCCAUCGUGGCAGCCAUGUAAUGACGAGUGUGGAAACAUCGAGCCCCCCAAGUCCAGGUCACUCGCAACCUGGACGAACUACUGCUCACGCAGUCGCUCUCCAUCGAUACACCGCCGCGUUGCAUGAGAGGGGCCAGAGAGAAAACAAGAGACUUCAGCGAAUUGAGGAGCAGAUAAUCACACUGAAUCCGCCUCUGUUCAAGGUAAUUGUCCAGUAUGGAAAUGUCACCUGCUCUGGUAGAGCUCGAACAAAGAAAGAAGCUGCGCACUUGGGCGCCAAGGAAAUUUGCCGCCAAUUGAAUGAAACGAUACGAUUAGACUGA